AUGCCCACCAACGACGAAAAUUUCCAUGAACCUCGUCAAAUUAUUUAUAACGAAGCGAACGACUUUAUCACUUGCCGCCAUGAUAGAAGUCUACGCCCUCUCCGCUUUACCGAUAUCUCCCUUUCCGAGUUCUCUGAUGAACUAGAGGGUUACUUGUCAGUGUUAAACGGGGGUGGUAGUAUUGCCCUCAGUCGCGGAGAGGACUUGGCCAGUAUUCGCCUGAGCAAGUGCCUAGAUAACCUUUUCCUAACCCCGAGGCCCCCCGUGAGGGAGGGACAAGCAUUGACCUGGACGAGGGUCGUCCUCUUUGCCGGCCCUCACUUUGAAGGACCAUCAAAGCUAAAGAUCGGAGAAUCCUUGGUGGAACUACCCGAAGAUGACCUUGAACUGCUUAGAUCCGGUAGGCCUUGGCGUUUUCUGUACCCUUGGCCAGAUAAAGGCGAUUGCGAAAAGGAACUUGGGUCGAGUGAGACGGCUCUAAAGGAGCUUAAAGAUGCUCGGCAGAUAAUCCAUGAAGGUGGGCACCUCAUAGUCAGACCUUACUCUACAAUGGUGCAUAGAAAGCUAAACCAGGUGAUGGCAGUUUUGGAAAAUAUGUUGGUAGUUGAGCAACGUCUCACGAAUCAUCACGAUGUAGUUGCUCAACUCUUCCAAGAUCAACCCCAUGCUACUCUUCAAGAGGAAGCUCCGAAACCUGGCGGUGCUCGAGGCAAUCCUCUUGGUGAAGCCACUUCUGAGGCCAGGGCUUCGAGAGAAGAGACAUUAAGCGACAGAGAUCGACCUCCCACCCGUGGGGAUACUCACCAACCCAACAGUGAUCAAACUACUCCACCAAUCAUUGAAGAGCUACACGAAAAAGGCGAGGCAGGAGGCUCUGUUUCGGGAAAUACUAUGCAACACGAGAAUCCACAGCCCAUGAGUACUGCAAGUCAAGCACCCAGAUUACAUUUAUCUGAUUUUGUUCAGAACUUGAGCGAGGUUCUCGAUGAUCCGAGAAAUACAGAAGCAAUGCGUUGGUCAGAAGAUGGGCAGUCUAUCUUUCUUGCUCUAGAGGACAACUUCCCUGCGCAUUUGCUUGCACGGCUUUCCACCAAGAGCUACCAGUCUCUCGUUCGGCGGCUUUAUUACCAUGGGUUUCGCAAAAUUGGGGGCGCCUACCGCCACGAUCUCUUUAUUCGCGGUCGACCCAGCUCCAUAUUGCCGGUUCGUCAAAUGAGCCACAGCCCAUCCCAUCCUUCGCCUAUGCGUAAUAGCGUUUCUCGAUCUGGACCUCGAUACAAAGUGAUCAAAAAGAGGCGGGCAAGGCAAAGCGUUUGACGGUUGCUUGGAUUUGAUGUGUCCGGCUGUUUCUCGACGACAAUUAAGAUUGGUGCUAUGGGAUUUUGGUGUGGUUUGGACACUGCUCACUCCAUAGCUGUUUUUUGUGGCUGUUUAUUGUUAUCCCUUUUGUUUUUAGCUUCUGGCUCAAGUGUGCCGACCGAACAGCCUACCCCAAGUGAUCAACAUCGCCAGCCGCUGCUGAUGCUGCCCCUUUAGCACGUGAGGCACAUAUACA